AUGAAACGACUCUUUUCAGGCAAAUUCUUUGCAAAGACUCUUGUGUAUACGACUGCUCUAUCUUUUGUUGGUAUUAACUUCUUUACUUUUGCUCAUAACAUCCGAUAUGAACAUUGGGAUCCAGUUCGUAAUGCCCCAAAGCCAAAAAGUGGGUUGUACAUGGAGGCACCUCCUGAAAUGAAUGACUCCAGCAAGGAAUUGAAAUUAUUCUACACUUUACACUCGAAUGAAGAUGCAAACAAGAAAGACUCACCUACAUCAUCUUCGGAAUCAAAAAUUCAGAACACAUCAGAAAACAAAGAAAACCACUCUCAUCAUGAUGAAAAACAGUUGGUCAUUUUCAUUCCCGAUAUUGCUGAAACUAGAGAAGUUUUUCAAAAUUUAGAAUAUCAUUUAUUGCAUAGCAAGGAAUUGGAAUCAUCUAAAGUAUAUGCCUUGAGGUAUGAUCGAUAUGGUUAUGGAUAUAGUGAUAUCGUUAAGGGACCUCGACAUUUACAUAACAUGAGCAUUGAAUUGCACAAUUUAGUGGAGAGUGUGUUAAAGAACAAUAUUAUUCAAAACGAUGAAAAGGUUUCAAUCACUCUUGUAGGUCAUGGAUUUGGUGGCAUGCUAGCUCGAAUGUAUCUUUUCAAAUUUGGCAAUUUGUUACAAACAGAAUACAAUGGAAAAGUGAACAUCUCUAAAAGUAUACUGAUUUCUCCUCUGCAUGAAAGAUUUAUUCAAUACUCUCUGUUUUAUGUUGAUUACUUGGUUGACUGGAAGGCAAGAGGUCUGUACAAUAGACUAUUCGCAUAUCAUGGUUUUAUGGAAUGGUUCUUCAAAUUCAUUCCAAAUUACUCACUCGAGAGAGAAUUUAUAGAUCCAUUUGUUGAAUCCAUUUCACCUGAAAUAGCCAAUCCUGAAUGGACAGUCAAAUAUAACGGAAGAGUUCCUCACACGGACUAUGAUGAUACACAUUUGCUAUCAAGAGAAGAAGUGACAAAGCGUAUGCAUUAUCACUUGAGAAAUGACAAUUUAUGGAAAACCAUCAGAAAUGAAACUACUUUAUUUAAGAGAUCUUGUGUACAGUUGAAUGGAGCAAGAAAAAUAGCCGAAUCCAUUACAGACAGCGAACAUGAAGUGUCGCAGCAGGUAGAAGAUACUAACCAUGCAGAAGACUUGAACAGAAGCAAUACUAACAGCAAUACUCCAGCUGUGGCUGCACCGAUUAAUACUUCUGCCAUUGAUGUACUUGUGGUGGAUGUGAAUCAUGAUGCCAACACUGAAGCCAAUCUGGGAAGAAAGGGUAUUCAACCAUUCUUUGAUCCCAAGAAUGAACUCUCUCAAACGGAUUUUAUGCGAGAUCUUAUUGAAGGAUAUUCCAAUAAGAGUAAGGUUGUAGCUCUCGCUCAGUAUAAUCAUUAUUCGAUAUUGACCUCAACAGCAUUGGCCCAACAAGUUGUGAAUUUUGUAAAAAAGUAG